AUGGACAUGGCAGCUUUUCAGGACUGGGAGCAGUCUAUCAAUCCGGCCAUUUGGGAUACGGGAAUACCAGGAAGGUCUAAGUAUGCCACCCCAGUAGUCAUCCAGCUCCAAGAUCCAGCUAAGUUUUCUAGCAAUAAACAAUAUCCUACAAAACCUGAGGCUCAUAAAGGCCUGCAGCCUCUACUUUCCGAAUACCUUGAACAUGAGCUGCUAGUUCCAACUAAUUCACCUUAUAAUACUCCAAUCCUGGCCAUCAAAAAGAAUCUAGUCCAGGAUCUAAGAAUUUUUGGCAAGGCAGUUGUGCCACUCCACCUGGUGGUCCCUGACCCAUGUACUCUAUUAGGAGCUAUUCCACCUGACACCUUGUGGUUUACAACUCUAGAUCUCAAGGAUGCUUUCUUCUGCAUCCAAUCAGAGAAACAGUCACAGUCACUAUUUGCUUUUGAAUGGACCACUCCAGGAAACACCUCUGGCGAGCUAACCUGGACUGUCCUCCCCCAGGAGUUUAGAGACUGUCUUCACCUUUGUGGACAAGCCUUGUCCCAGGACUUAGCCCACCUGCACCUGAACAAUGAAGAAGGAAGUAAAGAAAGAAAGGCAGGAGAGCUUCUCAUGACGGUUGUGAUCACCAAGGUUCUGGAGGUCUACAACCAUAUGGUGAUGACACAUUUCAUUCUUCUGGGAUUUCCAACAUGACCAGGCUUCCAGCUGCUCCUCUUCUUUGUUUUCCUGGUGAUCUACCUACUGAUCCUAAUAAAGAACUUUCUUAUCAUCCUCGGCAUUCACAGUGAUGGAAAGUUGCACAAGCCCUUUUCCUUCUUCCUGAGAAACCUCUCUUUCCUGGAGAUGUGGUACAUCAGAGUCAUCAGCCCCAAGGUGCUGGUAGACUUCUUCAGCCAUUCCAGGACCAUUUUAUUCAAUGCCUGCAUGACUCAACUUUACUUUUUUGUGACCUUUGUCUGCACUGAGUACAUUCUCCUGGCUGUCGUGGCCUUUGACCACUAUGUAGGCAUUUGUAAUCCACUAUGCUACCCAGUUAUCAUGACCAACUGGCUUUGCGGUGCUCUGGCCGGGGGAUGCUGGUUCUGUGGACUUGUGACUGCCGCCGUGAAGAUGGUUUCCAUAGCCCGACUCCACUGCCGUGGCACGCCUCAGAUCAAUCACUGCCUCCACAAUAUCACACCACUCCUUAGUGUUUCCUGCGAGAACUCCUCACAGGCAGAGCUAGUGCACUUCCUCUUGGCCCUCACAGUCACUGCGCCCCCCUGUGCAGUGGUAGCAUCUUACACCACCAUUCUCACCGCCAUCCUCAGGAUCCCUUCUGCUCAGGGCCACCAAAAAGCGUUUUCCACCUGUGCCUCUCACCUGGCAGCUGUAAUGCUCUUCUACUCCAUGACCCUUGUCACCUAUACCUGUCCCAAGCUUAUGUAUGUCUACAAUUCCAAUAAAGCAGUGUCUGUGCUCUACUCCAUCCUUGUCCCACUUCUCAACCCCAUCUUCUACUCUCUGAGGAACUGGGAAGUAAAGGCAGCCCCCAAGAAGAACGUGCUUUGCCAAGGAAGUGGACCCAGGGAAAAUGGGGCCUCGAGUAAUUAA